AUGGCUGGCAACCAAUACGGCCAGCAAUGGCAACAAAACCCAGCUCCCUCCUACCAAUACGACAGUGGAAAUAAUCAGAGACAAUGGCAAGAGAACGGGAGAGGUCAGGGUCCCUACAACCAGGACAACCAACGCUACAAUGACUAUCCAAAGAGUCGGAAUGGUUAUGGGCCAGGCCAGGCGCCAGCGCCCGGUGGUUAUGAUCGAAACGCCCAGUGGGAAGGUCAAAAUCAAUAUCCCCAACCAAACGGUCAUGAGGCACGCUAUGUUGAAAAUGGCGAUGGGUAUUCGCAACCUCCCCGGCCAGGCCAAUUCGAUCAAGGUGCCCCUGCUCCGAGGCAAUAUUCAUAUGACGAGCGCUAUCGCACCAAUGGGUCAGGCAGAGCACCACCAGAUCACGGCGGAUCCCAUGCACAGAGACCACCAAGGAACCAGUGGGCAGAGCCUUCCACGCCUCCCAGGAGACUCAGGCCCCGCGACCGCAUUUUGACUGAACCCACAUCCCCUAAGAACUUGUCCUGGGAUAAUCCAUUCGGCGCUUUCCCUCCUAAAAAGAGGCCAGGAGACAGGAUGAGGCACGAGAGACACGGCAGUCUGGACAACGCCAUGGCCAGUCUCGACAUGAACGAACGCCGUCCUAGUGGAGGUUAUGAAGCAAGACCUCAUACCUCCAACAGCCCGAGAAAAGAAGCGCCUCGUCCUAGGACCUCGCAUGACCGCCAUGACCGUCCCCCCGAUAUGGGGCCUCCGCCACUUCCGCAACAAACGUAUCCAAUGCCGCCUGGUCGAAACUCUCCGGAGAUGAAUUAUCAACAACCACCGGCCCCCAGACAGCAGGGCGGGAUGAACAGUCCGAGAAUGCGGCCAGCAGGCCCUCCGCGUGGUCCCCCGCCGCCAGGGAAUAGAAGCGGACCUCGUCCUGGCCCCCCUGGUGGAAUGGAAGAGUUCAGUCCGCCGGCAAACUACAACGCUCCACGCAAUUAUCCGCCUCCAGAUCGUCGGGCAAAUAACUACAUUUUCGAUGAGGGUUACUCAUCAGACUUCAUCCCUCAGUCAAGAGCACACGUUUCACCCAUAGACCGUGUUCCUCAGGGAUAUGGACCGGGACCUGCGCCUCAAGGGGAUCUUCGUACCGACCCAUACCGAGGGUUUCCUCCCAACGGCCACGGGGAAGUCAGCCAGUUGAGAGACAGUCAAAUUCCAAAUUUUGAUGCUAUUCCGACUGGUGUGAAUGAGAAAACGGAAGACAAUAUCAUUGCAAAUCAACAAACUGGUUUCGAUCGCAACGUCUACCAGAAACCGACUUAUCCUGGGCCAGGGUCGUUUCCAGGUCAGAUUGAUACCAAACAGUCUAUUUCCCCUCCUAAUCAGACCACAUCUCCUUUGGCUGAGUUCUCGUUUGACUUGCCUGGCUCCUCUCAACCUGCGAUGGCUGGUAGAAACGAUAAUCCCGCACAGGCCGCUUCCUAUCGAGGAGUUUACGGCGGACAGGAGACUUUCGGCGCAGGAGGACCUGCAAGGAGUGCAUACGGGGACAUCCAGUCUCAAGAUGCGCCUAGCUCACAAUAUCCGCCACCUCGUACUGCCAGUCGGAAUGGGAUUAAGCCGAAUAUGGACACCGACGCCUCGAGGCCUCCACUACCAAACAAUGGCCAGCCCUAUCGAUCGUUUAGCCAGGAUCAGUAUCCCGUCCGACCACAUACAAGCAAUGCGCAACGGCCACCGCAACAAAGUUACGAGAUGAUGAACCCAUAUGAUCAGGAUUAUGCCCAAAAGAACCGUGCUCCUUCGGCACCAACUGUACCGGCAGGAUCCCUGACAUCUGACCAAGGCUAUGUUCACCCAGGACAGGCCCAACAGUAUCAACAACCGUAUGGACCAGGCCCACUAGUGCGCAGAGCGACCCAGGACAAUCUCAUUAACGGCCCUGCUAAGCCCAACGCUUCGAACUCUGCACAUCCCGUACCCGUCAGGCACUAUCCGACCUCAAAUGCAGAGUUUAACCCGGAUGCAUUGCCAGCUCACCCUACUCCAGUGAGGCCAGGACUCAAAGACAGCAGCGGCUACUCAUCGGGUCCGACACCACCGACUCAGCCGAACCAACAGGGGUCGGUCUCCGGGCCUUCGUCAUCUGUCACUGCCCAGGAGCUGAAUAGCCUCCGCGAGAUGUAUCUCCGGAGUCCCAGCGACCAUGCUCUCGGGUUGAAGCUUGCAAAGAAGAUGGUGGAGGCGGCUAGGGUGCUUGCAGAUGAGAACGGGACAGCAGACCAGAAGACCACACAGAAGAACCGCGAAAAGUACAUCUUCGACGCACAUAAACUGAUCAAGAAACUGGUGGGAGCUAACUACCCAGACGCAAUGUUCUAUCUGGCCGAUUGUUACGGACAAGGAAUGCUGGGACUUGCUGUGGACGCGAAAGAGGCCUUUUCUCUCUACCAGUCGGCCGCGAAGCUCAAUCAUCCCCAGAGUGCAUAUCGAGUGGCUGUGUGCUGCGAACUGGGGACCGAAGAAGGUGGCGGGACCCGACGUGAUCCUUUGAAAGCGAUGCAAUGGUACAAAAGAGCAGCAACACUCGGAGACACGCCAGCCAUGUACAAGAUGGGAAUGAUAUUGUUGAAGGGUUUGCUUUCGCAACAGAAGAAUCCACGUGAAGCAGUGUCGUGGUUGAAGAGGGCUGCUGAACGGGCGGACAAGGACAAUCCUCAUGCGUUACAUGAACUGGGCCUCCUUUACGAAUCGGCCUCGUCCACGGACCAUAUCGUGCGCGAUGAGAAAUACGCCUUUCAACUGUUCCAGCAAGCUGCCGAACUGGGCUACAAAUACUCGCAGUUCCGGCUUGGGUCGGCGUAUGAGUAUGGUUUGCUUGGCUGCCCGAUCGAUGCUCGUCAAAGCAUUUCAUGGUACACUCGAGCGGCGGCUCAAGGAGAGCAUCAGUCAGAACUGGCGCUGAGCGGUUGGUACUUGACAGGGUCAGAACCGCUGCUUACACAAAGCGACAUGGAGGCAUUCUUGUGGGCACGGAAAGCCGCGAGUUCGGGCCUUGCCAAGGCAGAGUAUGCAAUGGGCUACUUCAGCGAGGUCGGCAUCGGCACGGCGGUGGACAUCGAAGAAGCCAAACGUUGGUACUAUCGAGCAGCAGCACAAAACUUUACCAAGGCACGAGAACGACUCGAGGUCCUCAAGAGAGGAGGUCCCAAGCACCAAAAGACACGCAUGUCUCGAUCGAAUGUCAACAAGCAGACUGACGGAGAGUGUGUGGUCAUGUAG